CCGACAGCGUUUUUGCACUCCCGUCCGUCCUCGUCCCAAAUGGCUAAAGUGACAGCUCUUCUCUCCAUUUUCGGCGUCAUGCUGCUGUGGCCUUUUGUGCUGACAAAGAGCAUCUCGGCCAUACUUCAGACUACGCACACUGACUCCUCCAUGUCUGCAGGCCAGGGAGAAAGGCUCUCCCACUUGGUGAAACGCACCACGCACAACUGCGACGCCGCUUACGCCAACUACUGCAUGAACGGAGGUCAGUGCAUGCUGCUGGUGGACAUCAAGGAGCACCACUGCAAGUGCCUCAGUGGUUUCUACGGGCCCCGCUGUAGCAACCUAGAACUGGUCUUCAAGCCGGUAGGAGAGGAGCAGAUCAUCUUCAUCAUCUUCUGCGUGAUUCUGCUGUCCGUGGGCCUGGCUGGACUGCUCUACUUGUGCUGCAAGUGGUAUAAGAAGAAUAACCGCAGCCCCCAGCAGAAGCAGCAAGGCUACUGAGUCCAGUCAAUGUAGUCUCCCUGCUACAAAUGACUAAAUGAACCCCUUUUAUAACUUUUUUUUAAUGUUAGUUUUUUUAAUAUAAAUCUUGCACUUUAGCGUUUGCCGUGGUUUUUGGCUUGUAUUUAUUUAUACCUUUCUGCAUUUUCUAUGCCCCGAAAAAAUUGCCACAUGUGUAGUCAGAAAGGAUGUUGCUAAUUUAUUGCUAUAAAGAUUCUGUGUGUCCAAUGGAAGUUGUCC